AUGGAUAUCCUGAGACCGCAGGGCAUGGACUGGAUAGAGGAAGAGAAGCUCGCCGAUUCUGGUGAUUUCUCCAAAUUCUCGCGCAGUUCCAUCGGCCCAUGUCCGUUUUGUGCCUCUUUUCACAUUGGGUAUCUCGCUGACGCUUUUAUUUCAACUUUUCCACCUCCCCCAGAACCGAAGUAUCUUGCUGACGCUUUUAUUUCAACUUUUGAGCUUCCCCCAGAGGCGAGAGUGCAGUCGCGUGGAUCAGAAUGGUUCGCGACUCUUCUUCAUGCCGCGAUCUCUUUGCUCGACGCCGCUAUUCGCGCAGCCUGGACGGCAUUGCGCCUGACGAUGGGCUCGCCGAUGCGUGAACUGUUAUUUACGCUCAAGGAUGGGGGGGGGGGGGGGGGGGGGGGUAAACUACUUGGAAGCCUUUGGAGGGGUCCCUGGGCAUGGGAACCUUUACCCCCCCCCAAAGCCUUUCCCGGAAAAGGAAAGCCUCCGGGAAUUUCCCUGCAAAUUUUGGGGGGGGGCGGCAUACCUGGGGGGGGGGGGGGGGGGAAAUACAUAAAUGUUUUUGCCAACCACCGCCUAAACCCCUGA